CGCGGACCAGGCCCCGCCGCCAUCUCGCGAUAAGGGCCCGGCAGCGGGAUGGGGCCGGGCGGCGGUGGCCGCCUGCGGCUGGCCCUGGGGCCACGCUGCCUCUGCGUCAUGGCGCUCGGGUGGGCGCCGCCGAGGCUGGCGGCCGGGGCUCGGUACGGGCUGUGGGCGGCCACGCGGCGGGGGGCGGCGGCCCCUUGGGGAGCCCGCGGGCUGCGGGGCUCCAACCCCUUCACCCGCGGACAGGAGGAGGAAUGGCGGCGGCGGAACCGGACAGCGCUCACCUACAUCGCCGCCGCUGCCGUGGGCAUGGUGGGGAUGUCGUACGCGGCCGUGCCGCUCUACCGCCUCUACUGCCAGGCGACCGGGCUGGGGGGAACGACGGGCGCGGGGCGCGACGCGGCGCGGAUCGAGGAGAUGGAGGCGGUGAAGGAGCGGGUCGUCAAGGUCACGUUCAACGCCGACGUGCACUCCAGCCUCCAGUGGAACUUCAGGCCGCAGCAGAGCGAAAUCUACGUGGUACCAGGAGAGACUGCACUGGCCUUUUAUAAAGCAAAAAAUCCUACUGACAAACCAAUAAUUGGAAUCUCUACUUAUAAUGUAGUGCCCUUUGAAGCAGGACAGUACUUCAAUAAAAUACAAUGUUUUUGUUUUGAAGAACAGCGUCUGAAUCCUCAAGAGGAAGUAGACAUGCCUGUCUUUUUCUACAUUGAUCCAGAAUUUGCAGAGGACCCUAAAAUGGCUAAAGUUGAUUUGAUCACCCUCUCCUACACAUUUUUUGAAGCAAAAGAAGGACAGCACUUACCACUUCCUGGAUAUCAGUAAUGGGCAAUCUCAACACAAUUUGACUUCUACUACUUGAAUACCAGCUUUGAAACUAUUUUUCUAUGAAAGGAAAAACUGCUGGAGUACUGUGCAAUAUGAAAUAAUAUUAUUAAACUAUUGUGGACAUAUGCUGGUCUUACAAAAACAUGCAUUUUUAUUUUUUAUUUUUUAAACUUGUGCAGUUGGAAUGUUACUUCUUAGGAAUAAUUAGGAUAAUUACUUCUUCAUCAGAGAGCAGAAGGGAACUCUGUUCAUGGAAUAGCGAGGGUUGUCUCAAAGCUGUCUUUCUAUCAGAUGAAACAUGUUAAAUUAAUUCUGUGAGGGAAAAUUUUAAACCAAAGUGUAAACUAAGAUCUUUAAAUCUAGAGGAACAAAUCAGUUUAUUAAAUAACUAAAAUUGCACUGCUGACUGAAAAAUAACUAGCCUGUAUUCAGUGAAAGAUAUUUACUUUUUUAUAGAGCAACUUAAUCAGUUCACAAAAUCUCAAAACUAAAAGUUAGAGUGUAUUGCUUUGUAACCCUCCCAUAGCAUAGGAAGAUAGGAUGAUUCAGAAGAUGAUGCUCUCUUGAAUUAUUACUGAAUCAGUAGUUCAUUUGGUAAGAGCAGACUGCUCUAAAACUGUUGAUGUUUGGAGGGGGAACAGUAAUUUAAAUGUAAGCAUUUCAGAUCUGGGGAUUGCUGGCAGAAACAUGUGACUUGAAAAGCAAAGAAUCUUAUUUUUGUCUUUGCGUAUUUCCUGCAUGGAUUCUAUGCAGAAAAUUCAUUUGGAGUAUCAGAACUGUUAAUGAUUCCUCUUGCACUCCUGAGAAGGCUGUACACUGGGCACACCUACACAGAGAUAAGCUAGACUUAUGUAUGUACUGCCUUUCCCUUCAAAGCAUUUCAUAAACAACUGCUCUGAAUUGCAAGCUAAAUUAAUAGCAGAGGUGACUCCUGAAAAAAAAACCAAAAGAAUGUCAACCCCAUUCAGAGUCUGACAAAGUCUGUCCAGAAACAUACAAGUUGAUCUGAGAUCCACCUAGGUACUACUCAGUCUUUACCACUGGAACAUGUAAGCCUGUAUUUAUGUAACUUUUUGCCAUUAUCUAUGGGAUAGGCAUAAUCAUAACUUAUAGUCUUGCAAAUAAGGAGUGAGUUGCAGAGCAGGUUUAAGUGACGUACCCAUUUUCAGACAGGAAUUAAUCUCAACAUAGUAUCUCAUCUAAUAUGCCAGUUCUUUCUACCCUUUUCAGUGGAUGAGAUCUAAUAAGGUUAAGAGUAAUGGUUAAGACUCUAAAAAGGUAAUGGAAAUAACUUCACGCACAAUUAUGUUUGCAUACAAUAAUGAAAAAAACAGUGCCCUUCUCUGAAAAUAAAUGGAAGCUAUGUUUAAAAUGCAUUUUUGUACCAAAUCUGUUAUUGUUUAAAAAGAUUCUCAAUGACAGUGUGUUAUCUUCACUGUGUAUUUAUUAAAGUUUUAAAAAAUUUUCAUAUCUCUUACGCAUUUUAUCCAGCUGAAUGUGGAUCCCACACAAGUGAAAAACAUCUCUAUGAAUAUAUCAUCAGCCUUAUAAUCUAAAAUUCCAGUUGUGUUUCAGAAAAAAAUGCUAUCAAAACUAAUCUUGGAAUCUAGGAGAGAAAAAAAAAAUCUUACCUGGUUUGUCUUUGAUCCAUUGUCUUUUUGAAAGGUGAACUGAUUCUGAAAGUUCUCUACACAUUGCUUUAUUCUGGCCAUGCAUUUCAGAAGAAAAAGAAUAGCCCCUUGACAAGUUUCAUAAAGAUCUGAGUCUUCCCUUGAGUUUGAAAGCCCAAGUUUGCAUGGAUACUGAGCACAAUCCUACAACAAAACGAGCUCUCUAACUUCAGUAAUUAGCCAGUUUCCUUCACGGCCUUCAUAUCUGUAAUUGUUUCUUUAAAUAUGGAAAAGUUCAGUUAGCAAUCAUUUCAUUAUGGAUUACCAUACUGAAAUAGCCUAUUUAAACUUGUUACACUUAGGCAUGCUAGGAUUUUAACAACAUAACUAAGCUGUAGAAGAAAAAUGAAUCCACCUGAAAUCUUAUUUUUUACGUUUUUUUUCUGACUGCUGUCCAGACCAUUGCAAAUAAUGAAAGAGGAAUAAUGGUAAAGAGGCUUACCUUUUCACCUCUACUUACAAACGAAACCUUUACUUCCUCAUGGUGUUCUAUUGGUCUAGCUAGCUGCAAAACUGCCAACUGGAUAACUGAAACACUAGCUUCACUCUCAAAUACUUCCAAAACAGUCCGCAUUUGAAUAUGCAUGUCAGCUGGUAAAAACUCCGAAGUAUUGGGGGUUAAGUACUCAGGAAGCAUUUGCUUUUAUUGGGAAUUGUACACUACAAAAAUUGCACAAGACUGAGAACUUGUUACCACUUAACAAUUAACAAUGAACAUUUAAAACACAGUACUUAAAAGCAGCCAGUUAGCUUAUCAGCUGUGAACCAAGUUCUCAAGAUUUGUAUCAAUUAUAAGUUAAGAGAACUCUCUGUUAAAGUGCAGAUUUAACAUUCAGCAUUAAAAUAGACAAGGCACUUCAUUUAUUAAAAGAUAAAACUGUUAUUAACAGGUUUAAACAAUUUGAUUAAAAUAAAUGGAUAACUAAUGCUCAUCUGCAUUGUAGAUGAUUAUUUUUCCUUCACCAGAAAACAAUCUCUGCAGGGCAGGAACGCUGGAAGAAAUUACUGAUCCCCUUCCAAUAUUUACCAAGUAAAUAAAAGUAACAACAACACAGCAACAAGUAGCUUUUUUCUGUUCUGUUAAUCACGGAUGACAGCACCUUACAUCCCAGCACAGGUCCUUAUUUAAACAAAAAUUCUAUUAUUUAUCAGGGUUUUACAAAGAAAACAAAAUCUGUAUUCAGAGUAUGAAUAUAAGAAAGUAACCACUGUACUUGAGAUACCUAUCAAGAGGCCCAAUUUUAGAAAAGUCCUACAUAUCAAAAAACCCUUAUACACUUCUAGGGAGAUUAACACAGACAUCAGUGAGGCCAAAAUAGAAAUUGGAUUAUGCAGUUUCUUUAAACAUGACAUCCUGUUUCCUCCAUAAGGAGGGAUGAAUAGUCCAAAGGAACAGUUAACUCAGAAGAAAAGCUCUUUUCUAUAGCUGUGAGAGUCCUUUCAGUUUACUUUUACCAGAUGUCAAGCGUUAGUUACUUCAUACGCAGGUGACUUUGAAAAACAUAUUUUAGAGGCUCCAAAACUUAAAAGAAAUAAAAAUAAAAAUAAUGUAAGUUACCUUGAAGAAUACACAGACAUUUAAGACAAAUUCUCAAGCUGUGGAUCCAAGUAACUUUUCCACAUAGCUUACUGUUUCAAGGCUUACUGUUUAGUGUGUAAAAAU